AUGCAACUCGUUCAGUUCUCAGUCUUUGCUGCUGUCAUGGCUGCUUCGGUAAAAGGCGCCAAGCUUGAACAGCGUGACAUCGAUGAAUGCACCUCGGCAGCCAACGAUCUCAUCAAUGUCAUGAGCGACAUGCCAACUGCAGACAAGACCCUUGCGAGCUUCAUCGCCAAGCAGACUGAUUUCGAAGAUGUCGCCGAUUCUUGUGUGAUUCCUGCAGUCACUGGGUCCAUGGCCGCUGCUUAUACUGCCUACGCCAAGUCCAUGGAGAGCUGGGUUUCUGAGACGGAGAAUGACAUUUCUAGCGUUUACGACGCUUGCAAGGAUGUCCCCGAGGUUCAGGAGCAGCUUGAUUCCUACAAAGUCCCGAUCAGCGGAAUGUGCUCUUCCUUUGCCUGGGCUACCGCUUCCGCCACGGAGACCGCUGCAGCUACUGCCAAGGCCACUAACUCCGCUGCUGAUUCAGCUACAGUCUCAGCCAUGGAGACUGUCUCAAGUACCUCUGCCCCCAGCAACGUUUCUGGGAACUCUGGUGUGCGCAGCACUGGCUUCGGAGUUGUUGCUAUUGUCGCUAUUGCCGGUCUCACUGUAGCUGGAACUUACUAG